AUGAAAUCACUUUCCUGGGAAGAAAAGGGUAUACGUGUUGGUGGAAGAUUUCUUUCGAACCUUCGUUUCGCGGACGACAUCGUUCUCUUUUCGAGCAGUACCAAUGAAGCAGAAACGAUGCUCAACGAAUUGAACGAAGCAGGGAAGAGAAUAGGACUGCGAAUAAACAUAAAGAAGACACAGUUCAUGAAGAAUGUCUACUGCGAGGACGGCGGAGUACAACUUGAAGGCUCCCAAAUCGUGGAAACUUCGUCAUACGUAUACCUCGGACGUUCUAUGAACAUGGAAAACGACUUGAAGGAAGAACUGAAUAGAAGAAUGAGAGCAGCUUGGGCAGCCGUCAGGGAAGCUACGGACCAACUAACGGACCAAGAUCUUCGUGCCCAUCUGUUCGACUCGACAGUCCUUCCAGCGCUCUAUUACGCAGCGGAGACGUGGGCAGACACCGCGGUCACGUCUACGAAGCUACUUACUACUCACAGAGCCCUUGAGAGAUGUCUUCUGAAGUUUAACCGGCGCACGUAA